UAUGGGCUAUGUCGCUAGCCCACCAGGCCCAAUCCACUUCUCCCCAAUUCCCCGUGUUUCCUCCAAUUCCAGCUCGCGGCAGAGGUUGCCCUACUGAGAAAAAAUGGCGAAGGAAGGAGGAGAAGAAGCAGCAGCAGCAGCAGAUGACAGUGGAAAGGAAGGGAAAAACCUGCUGGGGAAACCCAAGUUCAAGAAGAUGGAGAAUGGACGGUUCAGGUGCGUGGAGACGGGGCACGAGGUCCCCGCCCACGCCAAGGACUCGUACGCUCAGAGCAAGCACUGCCGCCUCGGCCUCAUCGACGCCGCCUUGGCCCGUAGCAAACCUCCUCUCAACAUGUUUCACCAAGACCCUCAAUCCCGCUCAAAGUUGAUUUGUAAGCUAACAGGACUCACUGUCAAUAAGUCUGAGGAGCAUAUAUGGAAACAUAUGAACGGAAAGCGUUUCCUCAACAUGUUAGAGAAAAUGGAAGCUGAAGAGCAAACACCAAAUGAAAUCGUUGCAGAGCAGGUUGAGCAGCCACCAGAUGAAAAAUCAAACAAGAAAGCAGAUUUUUUGAAGAAAAAGAACAAGAAAAAGAAAAAGGAAACUAAGCAGGAGGUGGAUGUCAAUAAAGUUAUCUCUGAAGUAAGGAAUCCUUCUGACAAGGACAGUGAUUCUGAAGAAGCUGACUUCUGGAUGCCUGAAGCCGGGGAUCGGUGGGACUUUGAUGAUGGAGGAGAUCGAUGGGGUUCUGAUUCUGAGUCAGAGCCAGAAACUGAAGAUGCUAAUGGAGCAGAAACUGAAGAUGCUAAUGGAGCAGAUGAUGCAAUAGAAGAGGGCGAACACAGUACAAGGGAGCUCUCUAAACGGACGAAACGAAUGUCCAUAGAAAUUGGACCUAGUGACUAUGCCUCGAGGAAGAAGAAAAAGAAGACCCAACCCACAUCAUAGAGAUUGCAAAAUUUGUUGUUUCUUUUUCAUUUUGCUGUUUUAAGUGUAAUAGAUUACAUGAUAUGUAUGAUUACAUGCUUGCAAUUGGUGCUUAAAACAUUUCGGUUAUCGAACAAUUCAACAAUCAGUUUAAGGAUCA